AUGUCCGACACUUGUAUUGUGUGUUUAGGAGACCUUGGCGAAAGCGCCAACGAUCCUCUUGCCGUCACCGCCGAGGCCGCGCCAAGACCUGACUUGGUACCAAAUGGCAAAUCGAACGGCAUUCCUAUCGGGACAAAUGGUGUCGGUGACAGUGAGGAUUUUGGUCAAAUCGCCCAGUUGCUCCCCUGUGGUCAUAUCUUGCAUAACAAUUGCCUAAAACCUUGGGUCGAACGGGCCAAUAGUUGUCCAAUAUGCCGCCGCAGCUUCAACGUUGUGGAGCUAAGUCCCGUGCUCUCAUCCUAUUCCGUGGAAGAUCGAAUACAAGUGGCGGAUGUUGAUCCGUCCAUGGUAAUAGAAUAUAUAGAUGACGAUCUAGCCGAGUUUCAACCGUGUCUCGUUUGUGGAGAUUCAGAUAAUGAAGAGCUACUGCUACUCUGCGAUGGGUGCGAUGCCCCCUCACAUACCUACUGUGUCGGGCUCGAUGCCGUGCCGUCGGGAUCUUGGUACUGCUCGCGAUGCGUAAUCCAGCGUGCUUCCGGAUCGUUUACGGCUCCGCCUGAUAGGUCCUCUUGGACCCCGGACCGACGCGGUCGUCGUACGAGGGCACAGCAGCGGAGACUGCAGAGCAGGAAUCAAAUGAAUUCUCUUCAUUGGGCACGGGUAUGGCAAUCCGUUUGGGAUCAUCUCAAUCUUGAUUUGGAUUUCCCGUUUGAUGAUGACAGGGCUGCAGAGCGUGCCCGACAACAACAACGGCGUGAAGAAGCAAACCAGCGAGAAUUCAGAGCCUGGCAGCGUCGGUUUGAGAUUGCAGAGAGGCAGGGUGGUAGCAAUAGGUUUAGAGACACUGCUGCUCUGCUCGACAUCGAAGCGCCACGGCCAUCACGGCCUCGCGUACCGAGGGAACCGACCCCUGAACCCGAGUCACUCGAGGAAAUGAGGGCGUGGAAUGCUUUCGAACGUGCUCGUGAGAUUGAAAAUGAUCCAAGCGCAGCAAGGAAAAGGAAAGAGCCAACUUUGUCUCCGUCGCCGGAGCCCUCUGAGCCCCAACGGAAGCUGAAACGCCCGCGAACCAGAAGAGCGGAAGACCUGGCAGCGUUAGCUUCGCAGAAUGGGGAGUCGUCGCGAACUGCUAGUGCCCAAGUUUCUGCUCGAAUUAAUACUGAGGUCUCGAGUGAACCGAGCUUUCUCCAGUCUUUACUUAAAGAAGUAGAAGAGUCAUCCAACCCAAAUGGCACAAAUUCCCAAGGCCCUUCCGCACAAGCCUCGGUGGCCGCGACUGAUCAUGCCACGCCUGGGCCGUCAUCUCCCAUGAUCUCGCCUGUGCCCUCCAGCCACUCCUCCCCUUCCCUGGCCUCUUCAACACCUCCACCACACCCUAGAAGCAGGCCAAUCUCUCCGAUGCAGCUGGCGUUUCCUACGGACCCAUCGUCGCCCCCAUUCUCCCCAGAAGUGUCGCCGGCUAACACCAACAGAGAUGCGAGAGAGGGCACACCAACCCACAUUGCUGCAAACCACUCACGGUGCCGGGUGCCCAGAGAAUCGUCAAGGUCAGCAGGUGUGCGGUCAAAUGAUAGCUCUCCAAGUCGUGCCGGUUUGUCGUUGGCCGUCAAAUCUGAGAUCCAAAAAUUGGUUGGGACCGCGUUGAAACCCUACUAUCGCGCGAAAAUCAUAUCGAAAGAUGAAUACACUGACAUUAAUCGAAGUAUAUCUCGGAUGUUAUAUGAACGUGCUGGGGGUGUCGACACCCUUGAGACGGAUGCGAAGAUAGCUUUGGAAAACGUAGCGAAGGAAGAGGUGUCGGGGGCUAUUGAUGCCCUAAAACAGAAGCAAACAAGUGACCAUGAUCAUAACGACAGUUCUUGA